AUGGCAAUGUUGAUCCAACGAUGGGGCACAACGGCGAAGCGAUUACUACUAACGGCUGAGCAACGGUACGCAUUUACUUCAUUAUCACCAUCGUCAACGUCGUCUGCUCCGGCGCCGUCACCUGUUCUGUGCGGGAGGGGGGAUAAGAGAACGAAAAAGGGGAAGAUUUUCAAAGGGUCGUACGGAAACUCGAGGCCGAAGAAGGAGAAGAAGAUUCAACGGAUUAAGGACAAGCUCGAGGUCCCCAGGUCAACUCCGUGGCCUCUCCCUUUUAAACUCAUUUGA